AUGCGGAUUCAUUGUCUCAUCCGACCAGGAAGGACCGCAGGGUCCCGAAUGCUGCAGCGCACCGGCUCCCUGGCUCAAAGGCAGCUGAACGUCACGCCGCUACAGUAUCGCAGUCUGUUGACACAAAGCUAUGCGCGUGGUCCUACAGAGGCAACCUAUGCCCUUUUCAAGCUUGGUGCAAUCCUGGUACCACUCAACCCGUCUUUCAAUGCCAACCAGGUCGUCGCUGCCUUAAGCCACCUUGAGGCGAGCCAUUUAAUCAUCAGUACCGAAGCGAACCUACCACGACGCGAACCCAGGAACAAUAUGCCCCUUUUGAAGCACAUCGUCCCCGACCUGGAUGCGGCCAAGGUCGAAUCGCAAUUGAUACCGUCACUAAAAAAGAUAGUGAUCGUGGAUAAUUCCUCCGGCAGAGUAGACAUAUCCCCGUACAAAUCGUUAACCCCAUACUCCUCAAUUAUGUCUGAGUUGGUAGCAGACGGUCGACCAUUGCCGCCUCAAGGCCUCUCUCUCCAUGACAUUGUCAACAUUCAGUUCACAUCGGGAACAACGUCCAUGCCUAAAGCAGCCUGUCUGAGCCAUCGGUCGAUCCUGAAUAACGGCGCCCAGAUUGGUGAUCGGAUGCUCCUCACCCCGGAAGACAUCGUGUGCUGUCCUCCGCCGCUUUUUCACUGUUUCGGCUGCAUAUUAGGGUACAUGGCAACGGCAACACACGGUUCAGCCAUCGUUUUCCCCUCCGAGUCUUUCAACGCGAAGGCAGCGCUGAAAGCUGUCCAGGAGGAAAAAUGCACAGCGCUCUACGGCGUCCCGACAAUGUUCAUUGAAGAACUGGGGUUGCUGGAGAGCGGAGAGGUGCCGCAUGAAGGGUUUCAGUAUCUGCGGACCGGCAUCGCUGCCGGCAGCAGUGUCCCCGCCGAGCUGAUGAAGAAGUUGCACAAGACGCUGAAUCUGACGGAACUGACCAUCUGCUAUGGCAUGACGGAGACGAGUCCCGUGUCAGCCAUGACGACGACCGACGACCCCAUCGAGAAGAGAAUCAACACUGUCGGGAGACUCAUGCCCCAUGUCGAAGCCAAGAUCGUCAAUCCUCACAACAAGAGCGAAAUCCUUCCUGUCAAUACCAAGGGCGAACUGGCUGUCACAGGAUACUUGCUGAUGAAGGAGUACUGGGGCGCACCCGAGAGGACGGCCGAAGUGAUGAUCCCAGACGAAGAAGGGAAAAUCUGGAUGCAUACAGGAGACGAGGCCAGCAUGUCCCCAGACGGCUACAUCACCAUCACAGGACGAAUCAAGGACCUGAUCAUCCGCGGCGGUGAGAACAUUCACCCGCUGGAGAUCGAGAACUGUCUCCUCGCCCAUCCGGCCGUGUCCGAGGUAUCCGUCGUCGGAGUCCCCGAUGAAAAAUACGGCGAAGUAGUGGGUGCAUUUGUUGUCCGGAAGAGCAGCAGCAGCAGCAGCGGUAAUACUGGACAGGAAGAGAAGAAAGAGCCCAACAAAGACGUAAACCUAAUAGAAGAAUUGAGGGAGUGGGUGCGCGAGAAAUUGAGCAAUCACCUCGUCCCGAAAUACAUCUUCUUCCUCCCAAACUCAGACGCCUUCCCCAAGACUGCCAGUGGGAAAAUCCAGAAAUUCAAACUCCGCGAGAGGGCGAUUGAGCUUCUGAAGGACUCCUCCUCCGCUUCCUCCUCCGCCUCCUAG